UACGUAUACCAGAAAAGCGGAAGUGCUGGUGGCCUGUGAGCUGUGUGUGGUUCUUCUUGAAUGAUACUCGUUUUGGUACAGUUUGUAUACGUUUACGAAAGCGGUGGUGAACGCGUAUUGGUAGCAGCGGUGUCAUGUUGUUUGGAGACGAUGCAAGAAGUAUAUUUUAACCUGCUUAAUUCUUUUAGCUUCGACUUAACUGUUGCCAACAGCGCUAGCUAGCGAGCUAGGCUAACAGGUGUCGACAUGUCCAAGCAGCCGUUGGGGAAGACCUUGUUGAGGAACGUGAUCCGCCACACAGAUGCCCACAACAAGGUGUAUUUGUCUUAACCCACAAGUGUUGAAGAGUGUACACAACCUCUAUCCAGGAGGAGACAGACAUGUGGAAGAUGCGAGGCUGGGAGGUCCAAAAGUCCCACAAACAUGUAUCAGACACCGAGUGUGCAAGGGGGCAUAUGCACUGCGAUCGGGUGGCAGAUCAAACGAGAGACCUGGGUCGAAGCCGAGAGCGAGCGUCUGAACACGACGACAGAGAGGCUCGAUACUGGACUCGCAAGCUGUAUGAAUUUGAGGCCAACGAUCCUGACAGAUGGGGACAUAGUGGCUUCAAGGAGCUUUAUCCUGAGGAGUUCAAAAGUGACGGUGAAAGAACAAAGAAGCUGGGGCGCCACAAAAUGAAAAAAUCCAAGUCGGAUACAGAAGAAAACUUAUCAAAACACUCCAAAAAAGACUCUCGAAAGAAGAAGAAGAAAAAGAAGAAAAAAGACGAGGACGCAAAGCGAAAGAAAGCAAACUGUUCGAACAGUGGUGACAGCAGCGAUGACAGCAGCGCUAGCAAAGACAAGCAGGGGAGGAGAAGGUCUAAAAAUCGACAUAAAAACAAGAAAAGUUCGAAAACCAGAGGGAGAGAUGACAGCAGCUCAGGGGGCAGCGAUGAUGGGGAAAGCAAGAGGACAAGUCACAGUCGCAGAAAGCGAAAACGGGACCUCCAGAAAGACUCGGAGUCGGGGCUGAACUUAAAAAAAAAGAGGUGAAAAAACGGGAAAGCAGCAGGUCAGGAGAGCUCACGUGAUAGUUUUGCUGACGGAGAUGCAAGGAUGUGGACCGACAUGCCGCUCAGGUAAUGACCAGGAAAACCACUGCAGAUUCCUUUUGUUCCCCUUAACUGCACAGAGAGCUUCUCCGCAGGGCCCCCUGUAUGGUAUUCUGUCACACAUCAACUGCCCUGUGCUGUCAGUCCUCUCUGUUGGUGACCAGUGGAGCAAUAUCUCAUCACCUCUGCAGUGGGUUGAAGCACAUUACAGCAACGUGAAGAGAGAUGGUGGGGUUUCUACCACCUGCCUCAUGAAGCAUUCUGCCGGCUGCGGGCUCAUUGAUUGAUCACCAAGUCUCGACUCAGCCUCACAUCAAGAUCCUCUGUCCUGAAAUUACCUUGUUUUUUAAAUUUAUAAAGUGAAAAAAUAUGAAAUUAUGCAGUUUUUCUCGCCAAAUUAUCAUGGAAUGUGCAUUUGUUUUUAUGCACUUUUUAAUUUUUAAUUUUAAUGUUUGUAUGCAGCACAUUAUCUUGGGUGAAAAAUAAACAUCUAAAAUGUUA